GUUUGUUAGCCUCAGCAUCUACGACAUCGUCGUCGUCAAUGAUAGAAGCGAAAGCUCUACUCAAUAGCAAUUGGUGGGGGAACUUUUCUUAUACAGAUCACUGCAAGCUGUUGGGCAUCACUUGCAAUGGGGCAGGAAGUGUCACUCACAUAAACCUUUCUUACUAUUGUCCUUAUUUUGAUUAUUACAGUUUCCACCCCGGAAAGCUUGAAAACAUGAACUGGACAUCCUUGCCAAAUCUUGAAUAUCUCAAUCUCGUCGAGUGUCACCUUACUGGAAGCAUCCCUGAGGAAAUUGGUUCUCUGUCAAAGCUCACCAGGCUUGAUCUCUCCACCAACUAUCAUCUUGAAGGUUUGCUACCUCUCACCUUGGGAAACCUCACCCAACUAGUACAACUUCAUAUAUCUAGUGCUAAUAUCAGUGGUCCAAUCCGUUCAUCUAUUGGUCAAUUGACCAAUUGACUACUCUGGAUCUCUCCUUAAAUCAUUUCAACGGUUCUAUUCCUCCAGAAAUAGGGAAGUUGAAGAAUUUGGUUGAAAUGAAUAUUCAUGGUAACAUCCUUAGUGGUCCAAUCCCUUCAUCUAUUGGUCAAUUGACCAAUUUGACAUCAUUGCAUCUCUCUUCAAAUCAACUUAACUGUUCCAUUCCUCUAGAAAUAGGGAAGCUACAGAAUUUGGUUGACAUGUAUAUCGAUCAAAACAUCCUUAGUGGUCCAGUCCCUUCAUCUAUUGGUCAAUUGACCAAUUUGGCUACUCUAGAUCUCUCGUUAAAUCAUCUCAGCGGUUCCAUUCCUCCAGAAAUAGGAAAGUUGAAGAAUUUGGUUGAAAUGAAUAUUAAUGCUAACAUCCUUAGUGGUCCAAUCCCUUCAUCUAUUGGUCAAUUGACCAAAUUGACCCAUUUGCGUCUCUCUUCAAAUAGACUUAACAGUUCCCUUCCUCUAGAAAUAGGGAAGCUAAAGAAUUUGGUUUUGAUGGAUUUAGGUGUUAACAGCCUUCAGGGCCUAAUUCGUGCAGAAAUAGGAGAUUUGACACAAUUUGAUUACUUAGACCUCAGACACAACCUCCUUACCGGUAAAAUCCCAUCUUCUAUAGGCCAGUUGAUGAACUUGUUCCAUCUUGACAUGUCUGCAAAUCAGAUUAACGACACCAUACCACCUGAACUUGGACAAUUAUCAAGCCUUGCUCAUCUCAAUUUGUCAUGGAACCAACUUUUAGACCAGGUACCACCAAUCAAAUUUGUCUUUGAAUUUCGAUAUCUGGACCUCUCUCGCAAUUUGCUUAGUGGACUUAUCCCAAAACAGCUAGAACAUCUCAGAUUUUUGGAGUACUUAAAUUUGAGUAAUAAUUACUUGAAUGGAACAAUACCCACUGGACUCACAAAUUUGUUAUACUUAAGGCACUUAGAUCUUUCCCACAAUAAUCUCUCUGGCAAAGUCCCAUAUAGUCUUUGCUACAUAGAAUAG